AUGUCAGUCGAUGCUUACAGGAGAUUGAAGACAGAUAAUUAUUACACUCCUCUAUUUUCCACAAUUUCGACCUUCAGGUCAACCAAUGUGCCCAUCUUCAGCUCGAAAAGGAACAUGAGCCGUGCCUCUGAACAGCUGCCGAGAAGAUGUUUCAGUGCCAAUGAUGUUGAUUUGUCCCUCAAGGGGACUCAAAGCGCCGGAGGAGUACGACAGGAAGGUCUAUUGAAAGGCAUAAGUAGCUCCUUCUUUGAAGGUGGGAAAUCCGUGUGGAGAAAGCUGGCUGGAAGCAGGCAUUCCAUCUUUGAGAAAGCGGAGGAAUCGAGAAACGAGAGUUUUAUCAAGCGAUCUGGUACAGCCGUAAAACGGCCUCUAGAGCUUGAUGCGGCCUUACUUCCCAAGAAGAGAAAGUCAGUGAGAGAUAAUUUGAAUGAUAGUGAGAUAUUUGGACAGACUUCAGAUAACGGAGCCAAGAUGAAUCCCGGCCAAUCCGAGCUGCUGCAGUUCUCAAAAGACCCUUUUAAGUGGAAUGAUUGGCAAGGUGAGAUCCCGCGAGCCGGGGCAGAAGAGGACGGUGAGCCUACGCAAUACGGGACAUCACUGAUCAGAAGAGGCAGGCGGUCAAAGGGAAUGACAAAUGUGAAGCCAAGGAGUUUCCAAAAGGCUACUGAUGAGGUUAAUUACCUCAGAAUGAUCUUCGAUGGCCAUUAUCAGCUGCCAAAAGUACUAGAGGAGGAAAGAGAAAAUCAAUUAAAGAUGUUGAGAAACGAUGCGGAGCCACAGCUCAAGACAUCGAUUGUGGAUUUGACAAAGAGAAUUAGGGACAUAUUGCUUGAAAAAACUGGCACCAGGCGUUUGAAGGAAGAUGACGAUUUAGUGAUCUUGAGGGAACGCAAGAUUAAUUCCCUGGAUAAGAAGCGCGGAGAAUAUGAGCAGCGGCGUCUAAAAUUUAACAGGCCGUUGCUGCACAUGGACUCGGAGUUCAGAAUGUACAGAAAACUUUUGGAGGAGAGAAAGCACAUACUGGACAAGGUCAAAGAGAAGAAAGAAUUGGGAAAGCAGCGAAAUCUUGUGCCCCAGCUCAAAAGUGAGGAAAUUGCUUUUGUACAGAGGACAUUAGCAAGAAAAGACAAUGCUGUCUUGUCAAAUAAAGGUAACUUGGAGGUGACAGUACGAGAUUUUAAGACUUUAACACCACGUAGGUGGUUAAAUGAUACAAUCAUAGAAUUUUUCAUGAAGGAAAUCGAAGCAAGUAAUAAGAAAGUAGUCGCGUUCAAUUCCUUCUUUUACACAACUUUAUCUGAACGAGGAUAUCAAGGUGUGCGGCGCUGGAUGAAGAAGAAAAAGGUUCAAAUAAGCGACCUGGAUAAAGUUUUCGUUCCGAUCAACCUCAACCAAUCGCAUUGGGCCCUUGGAAUGAUCGACAUUACUAAAAAACGGAUUGUAUAUGUCGACUCACUCUCCAACGGCCCGAAUGCGGUGAGUUUUGCUAUACUCAGUGAUUUACGGGAUUACGUUAUCAACGAGAGUAAAAAUACGUUAGGUUCUGAUUUUGAGUUAGAAAAUAUCGAGUGCCCGCAACAACCAAACGGUUUUGACUGUGGCAUUUAUUUGUGCAUGAAUACACUGUACUUGAGUCAGGAUACUAGUUUGACAUUUACGCAAAAUGAUGCCGUGCGAAUGCGAAUCUACAUAGCGCACCUGGUGUUAAAUAAAUGA